AUGAUUCCUAAAUUGUACAGAUUGCUUCACUACUUCGUAAGGCCAAGUCGAAGACAAAACAUUUUACACAACGGUGUGGAAGACUAUUACGAAAGGACCUUCUGCUCUGCCCGCAGUAUCAGUAUCGACAAGGAUGAAGUAUCCAUUUCCGAUUUCGGGUCACCGGGACGACAUCCAAAAUCUGUUGGAAAAGAUGGCAUCUCCAUCGAUGACAUUUUUCUUUGCGUCUCACCAGACGAGAUAGAUGUUGGUCUUCUUUUAGCAUUGAAAGGUCCGAAUGUUGCUGGACCUUCUGUUUACAAAAGCAUUAUUGACAAUGAUGGAGUAUUCAUACCUGAUUUCGGGUCACCAGGAAGACAUCCCAACUCGUUUGGGCAAGAUGUCAUAUCCAUAGAUGACGUUAUCAAUGAUCAUAUGAUAAGUUUAGUGCAUUUCAUUUUCAAAGGAAACGCCACCUCUGGAGAUCGAAAUUCCUUUUGCCAAGUAUGCAGAACAAAGACUGUCGUUGUUGGGACUGGUGGGAUAAGAUUAUUCAAUAGAGACAUUGAAACUAAAUUUAAUAUGAAACUUGAAGAUUAUCUGAGUCAGGUGGGAUCGUUUGGAUUCUAUCAUAAACGUAUCUAUGCAAUAACAUCUAUUGCUGCUAUACCAAACUCCUUUUUCACUCUUCAUUUUCUGUUUGCAAAUUUUCAACCGGAUUUUCGUUGUGAUGUUUCUGAUCAUUUGAGUGGAUUAUUUCAAAACAUUACCAGCGAGCACAACUUCGCUUUUGUCAAUUCUACGACAAAUCUUGAACAUAAUUUCACUGGGGUUAAUCAAUGCUACACGUCCUUACUUGCAACUAAUGAUGGAAACAAAACAAAUAAUAACACUUCCCCAAUAUUUGUUGAAUGCCAAAAUGAAUGGAUUUUUGAUUUGAAACCGUAUCAAAAAAGUGCAGUAACAGAGUUCGGACUUGUAUGCGAUCUGUCGUGGAAGGCGCCUCUAGUGAUAUCUAUAUUCCAAAUCGGAAGACUUCUUGGUGGAUUCAGUAGCGCGUUUGGAGACAGGUUUGGUCGAAAACCCCUUUUCGUCUUUUCAUGUGUAUUACAAACACUGGGAACUGCUAUUGCAGCGAUUUCUUGGAAUUACGUUAUCUACAUCAUUUCUGCGUUGAUCGUCGGAGUUGGAAUGACUAUAAAUGAUUGCAUUUGUUUUGUUGUAGCCACUGAAACUAUCGGUGUAAAAAAGCGAAACUUCGUGGCUGUAGGAUCGUUUAUAUCGUCAGCAGUAGCUUACAUCGCAGUACCUGGUUUAGCGUACUUCUUACAAGACUGGAAGAAAUAUCUUUGGGCAGCAACAGGACUUGCUGUGGUGUGUUACGCGCCCUGUUUAUGGUUUUUUCCCGAGUCGGCUCGUUGGUUGCUGAAAAAGGGUAGAAUGCAAGAAGCAAAAAAAGAACUAGAAACCAUAGCAAAACUGAAUGGUACAAAAGCAAAUUACCAACAAAUAUUGAAGGAUAACGUUAUUGAACUGGAUUCUACGAUACACCAAAUGAAGACCACUGGAUUGAUAGAAACUGCUCGUAUACUUUUACGUUCCCGUAUCAGAUGGAGGAUUUUUACUUGUUUUUAUGGAUGGUUUGUUACCUGCAUGGUGUAUUAUGGCAUAAUUCUCCAUUCGACACGUUUUAGCAAGGAUAGAUUUCUGAAUUGCUUCAUCGCGGGAAUAGCAGAAGUUCCAGCCUAUAUUGUGGCAUAUUUUGCGAUCAAAUAUAUAGGAAGACCCCGAACGUUUUCUUUGUGCAUGUUCUUGUGUGGAUUUUCUUGCUCGUUAUUGCCAUUCAUGCCAGAAAAUUCCAGUCCCACCACUGCGGUUGCAAUAUUAGCAAAGACGGGAGUAGCAACAGCAUUUUUUGCCGUAUACACAAUCUCUUCUGAAAUUUCUCCCACGCUACAGAGAAGUUCGCUGCUUGGCAUUGGUUCUGGUCUGGGUCGCGUUGGAUCGUGCUUAGCUCCUUUCCUUAUGUUCAUGGGAAAAUUUUAUCAUUCUUUACCAAAUAUUACGAUGGGAGCAUUGACCAUUUUUUGUGGAGUAAUAACAUUCAUGUUCAUACCCGAGACGAAAGGACAACCCAUGCCAGACACCGUCGAAGAAGCAUUGAAUAAUAAUCGAAUUUACGGUUGGAGAAUAUGUAGAUGUCAUGCACCGAAAAAUGAAGAUGUGACGACAGAUGCAAACAAGGAGGUUCAUGAAAUUUGAAUGUUAAGAACUCCACAAAAAAAAACAAUAUUUGUAUUUAUAAAUAUUACAUUUGAUAAUAAUUGCAAGUGCUUUAAACUUGUCUAACAUUUACCAUUUUAUGCCAAUUACUAUUUAAACAAGAUGGAACGACUGGAUAUCUCAUCAAGAAACUGCUUGGAAGCAUGAGGUAAUAAAAUUACAAGAUCGUU